AUGUAUUUCGACUACUGUUAUUCAAUUGUGAGUAGUGCAAGUAACGCGCAGAAUAAUAGAUAUUUUGCAGAAUUGACUGUGACGGAUAUUUCUGAGUCGGCAGGAGAAAUAAGGGUCGCGGGCUUCAACCGACCGGAGUGCAGUGGACAGCCUCCGCCCGGGGCCAGAGCAUGGCUGAUCACUCUGGACCCGACGCCAAGUAAGUUUACCUCAUACGCGACCAAUCGCCUAUCAGGCAGGGGCCAUUUAUGCGGUCGCGGCUUUAUUUACAUCCUGUCAACUGUCUUCGAGUUGACCGAUUCUGAACUGGCCACAGUCAGGAAAAUGAGAAGUGAAGCCGAUUCUUUCUCACCGCAGCGUUACAGCACACUCAAUCCGCACUACAACCCACCAUCUAUUUGCACUCGAUAA